CGAGUUGCAAACUUAAAGCUAAUGUUGACUAUGAAAACAUAAUUCUUCAUAAUCUUGCGUUGUCAGACUUCCAGUAAUAUGAAGAGUUUGCAGAGAGUGAAGCCCCGGGGACUUCACAGCGAUGACGUCACUUCCAUUGAGAGGCGCGCGCUUGUAAAAUUCCGGAGCAGCGUCGCUUUGAGCUGCAGACAGAGAUGUCGACGACACACACACUGAAGAUGAGCGCUUCUGUACAAUACAUCAGAAAACUACUGGGCAAAAGCAGCUGCGCCACAAACAACUUGCUAAACACUGGACACAAAAUACAAAGGAAAACUAGUGACUGUAAAACUACCAAAAACAAAGACGGAAAAACCCUUACAAGAAAGGUUGUGCAAACUCAAGAUAAGACAGCAGAGCAGUGCAUAAGGAAAAGUGUGAUAUUACGAAGAACAGAAAAUGAAACUUUUGGCUUUGAAAUCCAGGAUCUGGUCCCUUGUGUGUGUUUUGUGAAGGAGGACAGUCUUGCGGAGAGCAGUGGGUUAAUGACCGAUGAUGUUAUUAUCGCAGUCAACAGUGUGUCCAUUGCUGAAUUCACUCAACAGCAGCUCAAGGAUCUGUUUCAGAAGGCAUCCAUCUUAAUGCUGGAGAUUGUCAGAAGCUCUACAGAAAAGCAGAGACAGUUGCUCAUCAGACUUUAUCUCCUUCAGCGAGAGUUUGCAGAGAAAAGCGCUGAGCUCCAGACACUCAACACAGAGGAAGUGCGUCUCAUAGGAGGUGUGUGUUCAGUAUGUGUGUGUGAUACCAGAAACCCACAACACAGACACAUAAUUUCCCCAUUAAGCCACACUCUGCCCUCAAGAUGCCAACAAAAGAUAUACGUGUGUGUGGGCAUCAUGUGGGCAGUGUGUGUGUGUAUGUGUGCUUAUAUCACGUUUACAGGAACAGACUUUGCUGACAGUUCCUAACACUGUUCUGAAAUCAAACUUCAGAGAGUCUGUGCUGCAAAAGUGUUUUGUCAGGUCGUCUUAAGAGUGCGUGUGAUAACAAUAACGUUUAAAAUGGUUUCAG